AAAUAUCGAAACCUUGCGAAAAAAUAGUGAAUUUUAAAAGAUUUUAACCCUCUGCCCUCUAAAUUUUAAAGAAUUUUGGCUUCUUGAAGAUGGUCAUUGAGAAUCGUCCAUCUUCGUUCGGAAACUGUAAAUUUUCUAGAGAAGAGGAAGAAGCGAUCAACGGUGCUCUACAGCAAAAACUUGGUCCUGAGUAUAUUAGCCAGAGAGCAGGAGCUGGUGGACAGAAGCUUGCUUAUAUCGAAGGUUGGAGAAUUAUCAAGCUGGCUAAUGAGACAUUUGGGUUCAAUGGCUGGUCUCAUUCAGUCACACAUCAAAACAUAGAUUUCGUUGACCAGGUUGGUCAAAAAUAUUAUGUUGGGAUCAGUGCUUUUGUCAGAGUUCAACUAAAGGAUGGUGUGUUUCAUGAGGACAUUGGUUAUGGUGUAUCUGAGGGCAUGAAGUCCAAAGCUCUUGCACUAGAGAAAGCUAGAAAGGAAGCUGUUACUGAUGGACUUAAACGAGCACUAAAGUGUUUUGGUGAAGUAAUGGGUAACUGUAUAGGAGAUAAGGGAUAUCUGAAAUACAUUACCAAACAACCCAAACCUCCCAUGGAAGAUUUCAAUACCACAAAUUUUAAGAGGGAAGGAAUUCCAUUUGUGAAGCCAGCACGAAAAAGACCAGCAGAAUCUGAUGUUAAACAAGAGAUGCACCAAGAAAAUGAGGCAGCUAAUCUUCAUGGAGAACCAGUAGCAUUGACACCUACACAACUACGAAAAGAUAGAUUGAGUCCUGUGAUAUCAGAAGAUUCAGGGAGUUCUACUAAGUUUGAAGCAGUAUCGUACCAGUCUAAGAAAGAGGGCAGUCCCUCAGAAUACAAUCAGUCAAAACCUAUUCACACACAUAAUAAAAGUCACGCAAUAAAUAGUCAUCAUAAGAGUCACACAACACCAGGCCACAUCAGUGACAAAAGUCACACAACGCCCAAUAACACAUAUAAUGGCACUACAAGUGAUAAAAGUCAUGCAACAUCCAGUCACACAUAUAAAGGCUUUCCUGCUGAUAAAAGUCACACAACACCCAGUCACACAUAUAAUGGCAAUACAAGUGAUAAAAGUCACACAACACCCAGUCACACAUAUAAUGGCAAUACAANUGAUAAAAGUCACACAACACCCAGUCACACAUAUAAUGGCAAUACAAGUGAUAAAAGUCACACAACACCCAGUCACACAUAUAAUGGCAAUACAAGUGAUAAAAGUCAUGCAACAUCAAGUCACACAUAUAAAAACUUUCAUGCUGAUAAAAAUCACACAACGACCAGUCACACAUUUAAUGGCAAUACAAGUGAUAAAAGUCACAAAACACCUAGUCAUGUACAUAAUGGCCAUCCAAGUGAUAAAAAUCACACACCAUCUAGUUUCGCCAGUAACAAUAGUCACGCAACGACUAGGCAUAACACUGCAGGAAAAGGUCACACAACACCUCAUCACACAAAUAACAAAAGUCACACAUCUGAUCGAAAUAAUGGUCACAUAAACCAGAAUAAUUGUGCAACUUACAGUAGUUACCAACCAAAAAAUAAUAUUGGAUCUUUUAACAAAAGUCAUGUGACCACUGCCCACAAGAACCAUGAUAUGGACUCUUGUCAUCAAGAUGUCAAGAGUAACAGCACUACAUCUUGCAACAAGACAACUGUGAACACAGUUUCGAAUAAACAGCAUAAUAUUGAAGAAAAUGAACUUUCAAGUAUAUUACCUGAAGAUGAUUCUAUGAUAUGGAAUCAAUCUUUUGGUUUCGAUGAAGCGUUGUUAUCAUGUGAUGAAGAAUCUUUAACGGGAGAACAAGUUGACAAGAAGCUUCCUCCGAAUGAUCAGAAAAAUGUUGCCACAAGCGAGUUUCGCGCACCGUUUCAAGUCAUCUCAUCGCCGUACAGAAACAAUACGAUUAAGGGACAAUUCACUUGCGCGAAAACCUACAAUACGAGCGCAAAAAAUCAUCAGUUCUUGGCCAAAAAAGCUAUUUCAAAUGCUGUAUUACAGCCCCCAGAUAAUACCAAGCGACGAAGAGUUGAUGUACAAAGUUUCAAAUAAGAACAAAGGCAGAACAACCCACUUUCUUUUUAAACUGAAUCGUUAAAGUGCAAAUGAACCCUUUGACAAUACAUUCAGUACUGGUUCUGCAU